CAAGAGUGCCGAUUGGCUCAGUUUGUUUACGGCCCCUGUGCUUAUCGUUUGAAAAUAUUGGGCGGAAGGCCAUUUUACGAUCGUUUAAGUCUUUCUUUUUUUAUCAACAAAUUCUGGCAUCAUUUACUUUAGCAAACAUCUUGAACUUUUUUUAUACAAACCACAUUUUAUAGAGAACAGGAGAAAACUUUCGGUAAGGUUGAGUGUUUUAUUCGCUUUAGAUUCUCGACAACUGAACUGGCUAAAGACAUCUAACAACAAAGACAUGGCGGCCCAGCGCGUGGCUGAGGACGUUGCGAGAGGAACCAAACAGACAGCCAGGGUUCGGGUUGCGGUGCGCCUACGGCCCUACAUGCACAUGCAGGACCAGAAGGGUGAGGGGGCCUGCGUAAGAAGACUGGAUACGGAGACCCUGGAGAUAAUUAACUGGAGGAACGCCACAGAGACUCUGCAAUACCAGUUUGAUGUCUUCCACGGUGAGGAGACAACUCAACAGGAGGUGUUCCUCUCCUCAGUGAAGCCCAUUCUGCCCCACCUACUGAAAGGGCAGAACGCCAGCGUCUUUGCCUACGGCCCAACAGGAGCUGGGAAGACCCACACUAUGCUGGGCAGUCAAGAACAGCCAGGGGUGAUCCCACGGGCGGUCCGAGGUGUCUUCAACCUGGUGAAAGCCAAGGAGAGGGAGCACGAAGGCUGGGACUACAGCAUCGGCAUGUCCUACCUGGAAAUAUACAACGAGAAGGUGCUGGACCUGUUGUCCCCCAGUGCUCAGGAUCUGCCCAUCCGAGAGGACAAGGACAGGAACAUCCUCAUUCCGGGCCUGACCUACACGCCCCUCUCCUCCUUCUCCAACUUCCACUCUCAUUUCAUCCCUGCCAGUCUCAACCGCACCACGGCCUCCACCAAGCUCAACCAGCGCUCCAGCCGCAGCCACGCCAUUUUACUCAUCAAGGUGGUGCGUACACAGCGCAACCCCCCGCACCGGCAGCAGACAGGCAAGCUCUACCUCGUGGACCUGGCCGGCUCGGAGGACAACCGGCGUACGGGCAACAAGGGCAUCCGUCUAAAGGAGAGCGGUGCCAUCAACCUCUCCCUCUUCACCCUCAGCAAGGUGGUGGACUCGCUCAACGCGGGCGGCGGCGGGCGUGUGCCCUACCGUGACAGCAAGCUGACGAGGCUUCUGCAGGACUCGCUGGGCGGCUCGUCCCACUCGGUCAUGAUCACCAACAUCGCACCCGAGUACACAUACUACUUUGAAACCUUCACAGCACUCAACUUUGCCGCCAAGUCCAAGCAGAUCGUCAACAAGCCCUUCGUACGGGAGACGGUGACCGUGCCAUCUGUACAAGUGAAGAGGUCCAGGGAGGAGCAUGAGGCUGGGCAGUCCGGUGAGCCCCAGAAAAAGAAGCUAAAAGACGUGAAGAAGACCAGCCAGGAGGAUCCUACACCCCCAGCACAGCUACACAGCCCCACAGACCCAUCUGUAUUGAACCGGCUGAUGGCUCUGGAGAAGCUGUUGAUGGGCACCCCAGUAAAGGAAAGACUCAACAUGCACAGAGAGAUCCAGGAGUUGAAAGAGAAGCAAAGGGAGUUUGAGAGCAAAGCCAAAGUGCUCAAAGUGACAGGAAAUGGUGCCACUCGCAACAGCUCGGACAAUGGGUCAUCGGGAGACUCGCCCCUCUUCAGGACGUAUCUACCCCCACUACACAGAAAACAGUCCGCGGCAGCCAAACCCAAAAAACAGCAGGCUGUUGUGUCGCCCCUACAAGUGUCCCAGCUACAACCUCUCCAGCAGUGUCCGGUGGUCAAAAGGCCCACUGUCUGCCUCAUGAAGAAACAGAAGUAUCUGGAGCAGAGUGAGGUCCAAGAGGGAAAAGAGAAUGUGAAGGACACAGGUUGGGAGUCUCAUUUGGACAAGUCAGUGCUGGACCAGUCCCGACACAAAAUCCUGCAGGUGCUCAACUCCGGGUCCCUCAAAGACCUGAAGGGCCUGCAGCAGAUUGGGGACAAGAAGGCCAAGCUCAUUCUGGGCUGGAGGGAGAUUCAAGGCUCCUUCACUCAGCUGGAGGAUCUAACCAAUAUCGAGGGAAUCACAGCCAAAAGACUCUCCUCUUUCAUUAAGGCCAACAUUCUCAGCAUGAUGGGGACGUGAUUCUGCUAUCUGGUCUUUGUCUACUCUUCCUGUCCUUCCAAUAUUUUGCAUUUUUUAUUUGAAUGUUUCUAUGUUUUUGAAGAAUGUUCUCUGAUUAUUUACCACUCUCUGACUCUGCAUUUAGAACUGUAUGACGUAAUAUGUCUGUAUAUACAGCUCUUAUAAGAGGUGGUCUGCAAGCGUGUACUAGUAUGACUUUUUAUUAUAUUUCACGAAAAUGCGAUAUCUGUCCUUGUUUUAUUUUGAGAUGUUUUUGUAGUAUUUGCGCUAUUCCAGCCGAUGGCGCAAUAUUGCCGUUCAAUAAAUGUCUCUACUUUUA